AUGCCUACAUUCGAAGAGAUCACCUCAAAACUUACAGGUGGCCAGGAAUUCUCCGUCAUAGAUCUCAAAGAUGCAUAUCUGCAGAUGGAGGUCGAACCAUCGGCACAACAGUACCUGAUUAUUUCUACUUACAAAGGAUUUUUCAAGUACAAACGCUUACCCUUCGGAAUCAAAAUUGCCACCGGGGUUUUUCAAUGCAAGAUGGAUCAAGUACUGGCAGGCUUACAUGGAGUCGCUUGUCUCCUUGACGACGUCAUAGUCACAGCCCCAACGAGAGAGGAACAUAUCGAACGUGUCAAAGAAGUGUUAAGACGUUUUCAAGAAUCUGGAAUUCGUGUCCAGACAUCAAAAUGUAAAUGGUUUCAAGAUUCCGUUAACUAUUUGGGUCACAGAAUUGAUAGAGCUGGUAUACAUCCAACGACAGAACAUCUGGAAGCAGUGAAAAACAUGCAAUCACCGAAAAAUGUGAAAGAGUUAAGAUCAUUUCUUGGGUCGAUCAAUUACUACAGUAAAUUUAUUCCCCAUUUACAGUCCUUGUGCGUUCCAUUACACAAACUGCUAAAGAAAGGCGUGAAAUGGCAUUGGAACGAAAACCAUGAACAGGUAGCAGCAAAAUUGAGGCAUCUUCUUACUACAACAGACACGUUGGCUCACUAUGACGAAUCCCUACCUCUCAUCCUCGCAACUGAUGCGAGUGAUAUUGGUGUUGGAGCUGCUCUUUUCCAAAAGUAUCCUGAUGGGACUGAAAAACCUUUAGCUUUUGCGUCAAGGCGCCUUGAUCAUGCUGAGUGCCGAUACAGCGUGAUAGAAAAGGAGGCGUUAGGUUUGGUUUUUGGAGUAACUCGUUUUGAACAGUACCUUUAUGGUAGACAUUUCGAAGUUCGAACGGACCAUAAAGCAUUGGUUAAAGUCUUCGGUGAACAUGAUUCAAUUCCGAAGGUAGUUUCAAAUCGAAUCGCUAGAUGGGCAUUAACACUGAGUGCCUAUGACUACUCGAUCAACUAUCAACAGGGCAAAGAUAACAAAACAGCCGAUCUAUUAUCAAGAUUUCCCUUGCAAAAUACGAUAAAAUCUACAGAGGAAGACCAGGGUGGCAGUAACAAAGCACACCUUUUCCAUUUGCGUUCACAGGAUCUACCAAUAUCGACAAAGUGUUUGCAAGAAGCGACAAAAACUGAUCCAAUACUUUCAAAAGUAGUAAACUAUUUAAAAAGGGGUUGUUGGCCUUUGGAAAAUAAUGAAGACACUAACCUACAACCGUACUACAGCAAACGUGAAGAACUUUCCUUUGAGAAUGGAAUUCUACUUUGGUUUGGGAGAUUGGUCAUACCUGCGAAACUUAGAUCAAGAGUGAUGGAAAUACUACAUGAGGGACAUCCAGGUAUUGUAGCUAUGAAAGGGAAGGCACGUUUUCAAGUCUGGUGGCCUAAACUGGACAAGGACUUGGAAGAACACACUAGACAUUGCAAUGGAUGUCAAGAAAACAGAAGCAAAGAUCCUGAAAUGCCGUUAUUCUCAUGGCCUGUUCCUGGAGAAGUUUGGUCACGGAUCCACAUCGAUUUUGCCGGACCCUUCAUGGGGAAAAUGUGGUUGAUUGUAGUAGAUGCUCGGUCAAAAUGGCUUGAAGUAUUCCCGAUGUCGUCAACUUCAACAAAGUCAACGAUCAAAGCUUUAGAAGAGUUAUUUUCAAGAUUUGGCUAUCCAAAGGGUAAUUUUAAGCGAUAA